UGUCACUGUCAUUUACAAUUAUUAUCAUUUGCCAAUUGCCAUCUUGGAUUUCAUUUUAAUUUCAGACUAAGUUUGUUUGUAGUGCGUUGUUUUCCUGUAAAAUGUUCAUUCUUUUUUGUACAGAAACUCUUAAAACUAUGCCUUCAUCAACUCUCUGUUUGAAGUCAAGUGCUUCUCAAAGGGUGUCUUGAGUGUUGCAUUAGUUAUUGCCUUAGUUUAAUAUUAAAUAUUUUAUUAUCAAUCAUUAUAUUUCUUAUUAUAUCCGCUACAUGUCACACUUAAAUCAGUGUUAUCAGUUCUGCUCAAGAUAAAACACACCUAGACUUAUAAUUUCUUGUGUACUAUCAGUCGAUUUCUUGCUUUUUCCAUAAAAGCAGUCAUUCUUUUAUUAUUUAAAAAAGUUAUAUCAUUUAAAAUUAUAUUUUGCGACAAUGGCAUCUAGUGAUCCAGAGAUACGGGACGGAUUUACUCUACCUGUGUGGAUGAAAACAAAACCAGUCAAAGAAUUUGAACCAUUCUCCACAUCGCCGCCAGCGCCAGAGGAUUCAUUUUUCUACAUUCGCUACCCAAAACCGGACAUUCUGUUUGGAAAGCCGAAGAUUGACAAUGAGCUACCGAAGAUUAGCAAUGAACAACAGAGCGAAUUAACGGCCGCGUAUAACAGUAUUAAAGAGAGGGAUUGGUCCAAGCAUACGAAGCCCUGUCAAGAUGUACUGCACGGCAUUGCACCCAUCAAUACCGCAGUAAAUCCGUUAAAUUCAAAACCGAAACCGGCGGGCACAGACGAUGGUUUCAAAGGCGAGGGAGCGGCCUGUGGCAAUUCUGUACUCAAGGUGGCAAAUCAGAUAGUAUCGACGCGUUCGUCCCGCGGGUUCACGGUCGCGUCGCCGGGCGAGGACGCGCCGGGCGGCGCCGCGAGCGCGGCCGGCCGGUACGACCUGAUGGCGCGGCGCGGCAGCAGGAGCCUGCCCACCACGCCGCUGCACUCGCCGCCCUCCAGCCCGAACAGCAGGCGCAGGAUGUGCAAUAAUCGUUACUUCACAUCGCCCUUCGAGCCGUCGGAAGACGCGCACGGCCGCUCGUGGCUCACGAUGGCUCUGCUCGGCUUCAAGAAGGACCUGACUACGUCGACCUCGACGCUUGCUGAAGAAGAGAUCGUUGAGAAUAGAUUACAGAGCGGCAGCCUUGCAGAAUCCGUCGAAAAUCUCGGUCCAUCUCCCAAAAUGAGAGAUCCUAAAGUAAUCACAAACGAUUCACCGAACCAAGCCAAGAAGCCGCCAACCUUCCGACCCAAGCCGUCUGAACUACGCGAAAUGAACUUUUGGUCACCGACUUCUAUGUAAUAUUAACAAUAAUAUAUAAUACAGUUGACAAUUUUCGCUUUCGGUGUAUAUCUUCUCUAUAAUAUAGAAUAGUUAUGCAGCUUUUAAGACAAAAAAAUACUAGUUUCGUAGAUGUUUAAAUUACGGAUUUUUUAUUCACAUAUCUUUCUGUAGAAACGAUUGUUAGAAUGAAAAGCGAUAAUCGUCACAUUUUAAUUUUAGUUUCAUAUUUUGGCAAUUUAGGUCUUUCUAAAUUAGCUUCAUUUUGGAAGGAAAAAUUAUGGAAGUAUUGCAUUUUUAUUAUCAGUAUUUGGAUUAUUCAAUACACAGCGAAAUGGAUAAUCAUAUUAAAUUAUAAAGCGGCGGAAGAGGUUUGUAGGACUGGUGAAACGUAUUUUGUAUAUUAGUGUCUUUAUAAUAAAAGAAACGUAGGAAAUUGUUACAUUAGUUCUUUAUUACAACUUUGACAGGAAUUAGUUUUUCCAGCCUACUAUUCCAUUAUAUGUAAGGAUCAUUUCAUUCGCUAUGUUAUAAUUAACCAUAAGUAUGUUUUCAUUUCAUUUAGAUUACGUUAUAAUCGAGUUUUAGGUUCUUCUACUUAUGCAUAGCUAGCGUUUGUUAUCCUUCUCUAUAUAAAACAAAAUAGUUUAGUUGGUAGUCUGCACCGUUGAACAUAAUAAUAAUAUUCUGUAAUGUCUGUGAUCAAUUUGAAGGGUAUAUUUUUGUAUGUCAAGAGCGGAUUGAUAUUAUAUUCAUUUGUUGUUUCAAUGUCGACCAUAAGAUGUAGAGGAUAAGGUCUAUUUACAAUUGACGAGGAAUGGAAAGGUGUUUAUGGAUAUGACAAUCUCAAUAAAAAACCGCCUGUUUAACGAAUUUGAUGAACACCUUUGCGACGGGAGCUUGGAGAUGGGUUUUAUUACCGUAUUAUUAAUAUUUUAUUUGUAUAAUUUUAAUACAUUAUAAUGAACUAUGUGUGUGUUAUCAUGAGCAGUUAGAAUAUAGUUGAGAAAUAAUAAGAAAUGUAUGUUUAAGCAAAUAAACUUCUCUCUAUUGAAA